CUACGCAGAGUCUACGAGAAGCAAAAACCGAACGAGUACCCGUAUGGCUGAAAUUAUCUCCAAUCUUGUUCAUCUACUAGUAUCUCUGCCAGAAGCUCACAAUUCUUCGCGAGCCUCAAGCCAACCGACUGCAAAGCUUUCGAGAACCCCAAACUAUCAUCUCAACCAAACUUUCAACUUUCCACCAUGAGCAGCCUCUCUCAGCACAAACCAGCUCUUGCCGACAACUUCAAGCCCGGACACUAUGAUGUCGUGGUUGGCAAAGGCAAGAAGUUCUACACGCACAAAGGUAAUGUCAUGUUGCGGGACCUUGUUGCAUCCAUGUUGGGAGAGUAUUCCAAGGCAACCUCCAAGGCUGGCAAGUCCGAUAUCAUCAGCAGCGUGGUUAAACGUAUCAAUGCAAUUGGAAACUUUGUCAGGCGAGAGCCGGCGGCAGGCAAGUGGAUCUACGCGGAAGACCGAUUGUGCCGCGAAAAGUGCUCCCAGACUUUCAGGGACGCCUUGUGUGACAUCUACCGAUCGUCCAGCGUUGCCAAGAAGAACCGACGUCGCCGCGAGCAAGAAGAGAUGUCUCAAGAAUCCAGCUCUCCUCUUCCCAUGAAGAAGAAGAUGAGAUUGAUGGAACCUUCCCCCGUCGUCCCUCCUAUUCCUUCCGACUUCUUCAACUUCGAGACAGAUUUGAUCUUCUCUGCUGCACCCACGGGUACCGGUACAUCACUUCCUCCUCCGAAAGAAGAUAACCUUGUAACGGUCUUGUCGGACUUGCUGAAUCUUCCCUCCGUCGACGAAGAUAGCAGCAAUCCCUUUGAGCCUACGCCCUUUAUGCCAAGUGCAAAGGACAUCGAGAACUCGUUGGCUCUCGUUGCGGACGAUAUCUUCAACGAUAACUUCUUCGAGACAACCGUGGCUUUCUCUUCGAAUCCCGAGAAUGGCGAAAUGGACAACUUCACUACCUUCGGGACGACCACUAAUGACUUCCAAUCUGCGCAAUGUCGCGUCGUCUCCCCGAACUUUGCUGCUGCGUAUGCGGCCUAAGCAUCCAGGAACCACUCUCUUGAGUGAAUGAAUAUACCCAGAUAGUAUAUAAUAGACAUAUGUAUAGACCACUUAGUUUUCUGAUG